UCUUUGGUAAAUGAAAAUUUUUGAUUCUCCAUAAAAAUAUCAUGCGUAACUGUAAUCGAUAUGCAACAAAAUGCUUUUCUAUAAAAUUUUAAAUGAAGCAUUCACGCGAUCAAAAUUGGUGACAGGUGGUGGGGGCUUUCUGCUGAAACAGUCGUGCAAAACCAUUGUGACUCCGAGAUCGUCGCUCGUCGACCGUGCUUCUUCUUCACGUAAUAUUAACUCUUGUAACACAAAAAUGUCAAAAUACACGAUUGUUAUGGUACGCCAUGGCGAAAGCGAAUGGAAUAAGUUAAACUUGUUUUGUGGAUGGUACGAUGCCAAUUUAUCUGAUAAGGGUAAAAGUGAAGCAGUUUCUGCUGGAAAAGCGGUAAAAGAUGCAGGAUUAACUUUCGAUAUUGCUCAUACAUCUGUGCUGACAAGAGCUCAAGAAACUCUGAAAUCAAUUCUUAAAGAAUCUGGCCAAGAAAACAUUCCAGUUUGUAAGACAUGGCGGUUAAAUGAGCGUCAUUAUGGUGGUUUAACUGGAAUGAAUAAAGCUGAAACAGCUGCCAAAUAUGGUGAAGAACAAGUACAAAUUUGGAGGAGAUCUUUUGAUGUGCCUCCUCCACCAAUGGAACCUGAUCAUAAAUAUUAUGAUACAAUAGUAAAGGAUGCAAGAUAUGCUGGUGAACUAAAACCUGAGGACUUUCCUAAAUUUGAGUCCCUAAAACUAACAAUUGAAAGAACAUUGCCAUAUUGGAAUAAUACUAUUAUUCCACAACUCAAGGAAGGAAAGAAGAUUAUUAUUGCUGCCCAUGGAAACAGUUUACGUGGGAUUGUCAAGCACUUGGAUCAGAUGAGCAAUGAUGAGAUCAUGGGCUUGAAUCUACCAACUGGUAUUCCAUUUGUUUAUGAAUUAGACGAAAACUUUAAGCCUGUUGUGUCUAUGAAGUUCUUAGGGGAUGAAGAAACUGUGAAGGCUGCAAUUGCUGCAGUCGCUGCACAAGGAAAAGCUAAGUGAAGAUAAACAAGUUUAUCACAAAGUAAGAACUUCACACAUAUAUGAAAAAUAUUGACUAGAUUCUAGGUUUAUUUUUGUUGUAGUAUUGAUUUUCAAUGUUAUAAAAGUACACUUAGAAGUGUCUAGAAAAAUUUAAGGAAAA